AUGGGAAAGGACUACUAUAUACUUGGCAUCGCCAAGGGAGCGAGCGACGAGGAGAUAAAAAAGGCUUAUAGAAAAUUGGCCUUGAGAUAUCAUCCUGACAAGAACAGGAGUCCUGGUGCUGAGGAAAAAUUCAAGGAAAUAGCUGAGGCAUAUGAGGUGUUAUCUGAUGCAAAAAAGAGGGAAGUCUAUGAUAAAUUUGGUGAGGAAGGUCUCAAAGGGGGUGCCUCGGCUGGCGGAGGUGGAGGAGGUGCCACAUAUACCUUCCACGGUGAUCCCAGAGCGACGUUUGCACAAUUCUUUGGCUCGGCCAGUCCUUUCCACAACUUGUUUGAGUUCGCUGGUAAUCGCGGAGGAUUUGCCUUCCAUGAUGACGACAUGGAUAUUGAUAUGGAUCCCUUUGGACUCGGUGGCAUGGGACCACCACGACAAGGGGGCGCCUUUAGAUCACAUUCGUUUAACUUUGCGAGUCCGAAUACUUGUAAAGGGACUGGCAAAGAUCGCGCUCAAGAUCCAGCGAUCGAACAUGAUUUGUAUAUCAGCUUGGAGGAAAUUUUACGAGGUUGCACCAAGAAAAUGAAGAUAUGCAGACGAGCCAUACAGCCAGAUGGUAGCACCAAAAAGGAGGAUAAACUACUUACUAUCAAUGUAAAACCAGGCUGGAAAGCUGGUACUAAAAUCACUUUCCAAAAGGAAGGUGAUCAAUCACCGAGGAGGGAACCUGCGGAUAUCGUUUUUAUCAUUAGAGACAAGCCGCAUUCGCUAUUCAGGAGAGAAGGCAGUGACAUUAGAUAUACGUGCAAACUGAGCUUAAAGCAAGCUUUGUGCGGUACUAUCGUCGAAGUUCCUACUCUAACUGGCGAAAAGAUACCUUUGAAUCUGACGAGAGAAAUUGUUAAGCCGAAUUCGGUCAAAAGAUUCCAAGGACAUGGUUUACCUUUCCCCAAAGAACCAUCACGAAAGGGCGAUCUUCUUGUAUCAUUUGAUAUCAAAUUUCCUGAAACUUUAACACAAAGCGCCAAGGAUAUAUUGUAUGACACGUUACCUAAUUGAACUCAUAUUAUCGAUUAAAAAACGCGACGAUGUGACCGUAAAAAAUAUCGACGCAAUUUCACAUCCUUUAAUCCCGAUCAGCGAAAGUAUAUGUCUUGUGUACGUUCUAGUACGCAGAAACACACGAAGACGUAGCGAUAACGAUGAUGACGAUGACGACGAUGGCGACGACGAUGACAACGCAAUAAUAAUAAUAAUAAUGACAAUUAUUGUUAUUGUUAUUAGUAUUAUUAAUAUUAAUAUUAUAAUGAUGAUUGACUGUAACGAUACUGAUCAGGACUAUGACGGAACAAUCGAGAACGAUUAAAUAUUUUCGAAAUUUGCUUUUAAAAGCUAAUCAAAUAAGUAUUUUCUUCAAUGUUACGUCUAUAUUCAAUCGAGUUGAAAUUCAAUGAUUUGAUGUUUAAUAUAUAGCAUGAUUGGUCUCUACACAUAAUAAUAGUUUCAUUUAAUUAAAGAACGAGUAAAUUUAUACACAUGUAUGCAUGCGCUACGCACAGAGAGA